CCCUUGUUGUGCUGUGGGUCUCAUUGUUCUCUUCGGGGUUCUCAUCAUCUUGGUAUCAGAGCAUCAGAUCCCUAAAUCAGAUCUGGGUUGAAAACAACAUACAACAAGCAAAUUGAAGCUUGGAUGAUUAUCAAGGCAUGGUAAACAUCAUUCAGGUUCAAGAGAAGCUUAGUUGAGGUCAUUUGCACGGAAUUACACAGUUUGCGUCAAAAUCGCACAGUUCUACCGCAAUUUGUAGCAAACUGAUAUUUUGUGUUAUUUUAGGUUAUUUUUAGUGAUUUUCACGUUUUUUGUAUUAUUUUUGGGCUGAACAUUCGCUUAUUAGAAGCCCAAUUCGUGGUUAUUAGGUUUAGGACUUAGGGUGUUAAUUUCCUAUUCUGAUUAGGAUUUGUUUUCUCUAUUUAAAAGGCUUGUAACCCUAAUGGGGAGAGAGGGAUUGAAUCUGAGUUUUUGAGAGACUUUUCUCUUUGAGAUUGGGUUUGGGUGCAUAUGCCGGAGGAGCGAUUCCCUUCACAAAGGUGUUCUAAGUUGCAACCAAGAGGUGACGAUUUGAGGACAAAUCCUUUUGAGGAGAGAGGGAAUGAUGAGAAUAAAGAUGACCCCACAUGUACCACGUCAAGAGAUCCAUUAUUACAAAUUCCAGGAGGUCCAGUCAUGAGAGCUAGAGCUAGGAAGAUGCGAAGAGCUUUAAAUGGCCUUAUUGAGCAGAUCUGGGUUGAUAACAACAUGCAACAAGACUUUAGCACUUUGGCAGCACCACUCACCAAAGUAAUCAAGAAGAACGUUGGAUUCAAGUGGGGUGAAGAGGAAGAAAAGGUGUUUAAGCUAAUCAAGCAAAAAUUGACUAACGCUACAUUAUUGUCUUUAUCUAAUUUUGAUAAAACGUUUGAGAUUGAAUGUGAUGCUUCAGGUGUAGAACUUGAAAGAUCAACACAAAUUGAACAAGAGGCAUUGCGAUGGAUGGAGUUCAUCAAGACGUUUCCAUAUGUCAUCCGGCAUAAGCAAGGUAAGGAGAAUGUGGUUGCUGAUGCACUUUCUCACAGGGAAUCCCAUAGCGGAGGGUUAAUGGGACAUUUUGGGGUUGUGAUGGGAAUCAAGAUGACCCUACAUGUACCACGUCAAGAGAUCCAUUACACAUUCCAGGAGGUUUCAAUCAUGUCAAGCGGUGAUGACAGAAAACACCAAGAGGAUGAUUCCUUCAUGCUCAAAGCUAUGCAACAACAAUUUCAGAGGCUCGACAUCAUGUUUGGUGAAAUUAAAGACAAAAUGGAGAAGCAAGAUAUAGCCAUUGCCAAGUUAUACCAAAUACAGAAUGGAAGUCCAAAUUUGCAUAAUCACGAUCUUGAUGGCAAUGAUGAAGAUGCAUUCAACAAUGAUGCCCAUAACUCAAAUUUCAGCAUGGACAGAUUUAUGAGGGGUAGAGGGGGUCAAAGAUACAGAUUUAACAAAGGAGACCAAAAUUUGGCAAGGUGGGGAGAUCGGCAAGAUCAUGAGUUAGGCAGCAUCAAGAUGAAGAUUCCUCCAUUUCAAGGCAAAAAUGAUCCAGAUUUAUAUUUGGAGUGGGAAAAGAAGGUGGAAUAUGCCGUUGAUGGAGAACUGCUUGUCACUAGGCGAGCUUUGAAUGUGCAAGCCAAAGAAGAUGAUGAAGUACAAUGUGACAAUAUAUUUCACAUGAGGUGCCAUGUCAAAAACAAGGUAUGUAGUGUGAUUAUUGAGGGUGGUAGUUGUACUAAUGUAGCUAGCACUGUUUUAGUUGAAAAGCUUAAUUUACCUAUGAUGAAGCAUCCAAGGCCAUAUAAGCUGCAAUGGUUAAACGAUUGUGAAGAAAUCAAGGUAAAUAAGCAAGUUCUGGUUUCAUUCUCUAUUGGACGAUAUAAGGAUGAGGUACUUUGUGACGUGGUUCCUAUGCAUGCUGGACAUUUACUUUUAGGGAGACCAUGGCAAUAUGAUAGGAGGGUAACACAUGAUGGCUUCAAAAAUUGCUAUUCAUUUGUCAUGGAGGGGAAAACAAUUACUCUUGCACCAUUGAGUCCAAGGCAGGACUUCAAGGAUGUCUUUCCAGAUGACGUUCCUAAUGGUUUACCACCAAUAAGAGGAAUCGAGCAUCAAAUUGACUUCAUUCCUGGUGCAACAAUUCCAAACCGACCAGCAUAUCGAAGCAAUCCCAAUGAGAUGAAAGAACUUCAAAGGCAGGUCGAAGACCUCAUGAAAAAGGGACAUGUGAGAGAAAGCAUGAGUCCAUGUGCUGUUCUAGUGCUACUUGUGCCUAAGAAGGAUGGGACUUGGCGUAUGUGCGUUGAUUGUCACGCGGUCAACAAAAUCACUGUAAAGUAUCGUCACCCUAUUCUUAGAUUAGAUGACAUGUUAGAUGAGUUGCAUGGUUCUUGCAUAUUCUCUAAAAUUGAUUUAAAGAGUGGAUAUCAUCAGAUUAGGAUGAAGGAAGGAAAUGAAUGGAAAACAGCCUUUAAAAUGAAACAUGCUGAUGGAAUCGCAGUAGAUGAAGAAAAGCUUAAGGCUAUUAAAGAAUGGCCAACACCUAAAAAUAUUUCUGAGGUGCGGAGUUUUCAUGGUUUGGCAAGUUUCUACCAGAGAUUCAUUAAGGAUUUCAGCACAAUUGCAGCACUGUUAACUGAUAUUGUGAAAAAAAGUGUUGGAUGUAUUGGCAUUGGCGCUGUUUUGAUGCAAGAGCGGCGACCUAUUGCGUUUUUCAAUGAAAAAUUGACUGAUGCAGCACUUAACUAUCCUACUUAUGACAAGGAGAUGUAUGCAUUGGUAAGAGCUUUAGAGACAUGGCAGCAUUAUCUUUGGCCUAAGGAGUUACAUACUGAUCAUGAGUCGUUGAAGCACCUGGAGGGACAAGGUAAGUUGAAUAGACAACAUGCUAAGUGGGUGGAAUUCCUUGAGAUGUUUCCCUAUGUGAUCAUCAAGUAUAAGCAAGGAAAGGAAAACAUUGUGGUUGAUGCAUUAUCUCUCGACGUUGUUCGUUUACAUGGCAUUCCAAGGACUAUCGUUUCUGAUCGCGAUGUCAAGUUCUUGAGUUACUUUUGGAAGACAUUGUGGGGAAAGCUGGGAACUGAGCUACUGUUUUCAACUACUUGUCAUCCACAAACUGAUGGACAAACAGAAAUGGUUGCGUAUGGUUUUAAUCCACUCACUCCUUUGGAUUUAUUGCCAUUACCUAUUGAUGAACAAGCUAGUUUGGAUGAGAAAACGAAAGCUGAAGUGGUUAAGCAACUACAUGAGAGGGUGCAACAAAACAUAAAGCGACGAACUGAGCAAUAUGCAAAUCAAGCCAACAAAGGGCGCAAGAAAGUUGUGUUUGAGCCUGGAGAUUCGGUUUGGGUGAAUAUGCGGAAAGAGCGAUUCCCUGAACAAAGGCGUUCUAAGUUGCAACUAAGAGGCGAUGGACCAUUUCAAGUGAUUGCAAGGGUAAACAACAACGCAUACAAGUUGGAGCUUCCUGGUGAGUAUAAUGUUAAUGCUACUUUUAAUGUUUCUGAUCUUUCUCCUUUUGAUGUAGGUGACGAUUUGAGGAGAGAGGGAGUGAUGGGAAUCAAGAUGACCCUACAUGUACCAUGUCAAGAGAUCCAUUACACAUUCCAGGAGGUCCAGUCACGAGAGCUAGAGCUAGGAAGAUGCGAGAAGCUUUAAAUGGCCUUAUUGAGCAGAUGU